GCGACAUAUAACUUCCAUGGCCGUAGCAUGCUCAUUGAGAGGAAUUGAUUGCAGUGAAUCAUACUACGAGCAUCGACACACGGUACUCCCAAACAUCAUCAUCAAUAGCGACGACACUCCACAUCGACAUCGACGACAUACAGAUAAGCGUCAAGGUCUGACCUACCAACGCCACAAUGCCACCAUACCACUCUUCCCCAACCAGCAAAGCAAGCAAAAACAGCUCCAACACACCACCCACCGUCCGACGAACCCCGACAACCUCGACAACCACAACCGCCUACGACGAAACAACCUGCCUCCUCCCCCACGAACAGCCUCCACCACCCUCCACAACAUCCACAGCAUCCACCUCUCUACAUCAAAUCCUCGCCCUUCAUCCCCACCGCAUCGCCAUCCUCGAACAAGCCCGUCUCGACUCUGAAGCCUUGACCCCAACCUCCAACAUCCCAGAGCAAGAUCUAGAAGCCCAUGUCUUGAGCAGAAUAGAUUGUAUAGAAAUUGAUCUCUGGCAUGAGAGAAUCAGGGACUAUGAAGCUGCGGAAUUGGGACAAAUUGCUGCUGCUGAGUUGGGGUUGGUUGGGGAUGGGGAAGGAGAAGAGGCAGAGGGGAUUGUGCAAGUUGUGGAUGCAGGAGGUGAGCAAAGGGAGAGGUUGAGUAGGGUACUCACUUAUGUCAAUGAUUGCGGGGAUGAAGAAGCUGGUGCUGGAGAUGCAGGAAAGAGGAGGAAGAUGAGUAGUAUUGGGACGAGAUUUGGCUCUGUGUCUCUGAGCUUGAAUCAUUUUCAUCCAUAUUUCUGGGUGGACGUUUUUGGGAUUUGUUUUCUUGCAUUUUUGGUCAUUGGACUUUUGGUUUGCAUUGGGUUACAGUUGAAGUUUGGGAGAAGAGAAAUUUGUGAGGAGGGAGGAGGAUAUAAGGCGGCGUUUUGGGUGGAGGUGCAGAUGAUUGUGGGAUUGGUUAUGGGGUUGAUGUUGCAGGUGCCGUUGCACAGGGCGAUUGUGCCUUUCGUGUUGCCUUUGUGGGUGAUGGGAACUUUCGGGAUCAUGGCUGGGUUCAAGUGGAUGGCUGGGUGCUUGGAGCGGUGAGAUUUUGGGAUGAUAAGCAUGGGUAGAGGAAAUGUAGGAGCUUGUGUUUAGACAGGCACGGGUGCAGGACAUGUUGUCAGGGUAUGACAGCCUCUUGGUGACACAGCAUACACAUGGCAUAGCAUCAACAAAGGCUGACGACGUUCAAAGUGAGAAUAUUGCUGGACAAUCUUGAAGGCGCAUAGUGGAUAGGCAUAGUCUAGCAACCGAUCGUCUCGAUCAUCCAAAGACCUACCAAGACAAUACUGUUGAGAAUGGUGAUCGAAAAUCAGGAC